ACGGAACUGAACUUCCCACAACAUCGUGCCCUCCCACUCGUUUGGCGGCGGCGCUUGGAAUAUCCAUGCAGGAGGCCCUGAUCUCACCGGUCAUGAAGACCAAGAAGAAACUACUGCGCCCGACUGCAGACUGCCCUCCUGGCACCAAAUCCAAGAAACUGAGUCGAAAGAAACGCCUCCAGAACCUCCAGCGGCAGGUCUACGAUUUGGAGGGCGUGCUCAUGCGAACGAAGCGGACUGGGACGACGCUUCUGCCGUGGGAAGAGAUUGCCCUUGCGUUUAAAGAAGACACUCUCGAUCAAGUCCGAGACAACCGAUCGCUUAAGCGACAGCUUCAGCGACAAGAAUACAUAUACCAUGUGCUGCACUCGUGGGUGCUUAACAUGCUGCCACCACCAAGAACCCUCCACUCCCAUGCAGAAACGUGGCGUCAUUCAUAUCUCGUACAAGGGGACGACGAUAUUCGUCGGACAGCGCAGAUGUGGAUCGUCCAGCAUGCAUUGUACAAUACAGACCGCGUUAUGUCGUGCAGUACGUUCCCAGACUCGGCUGAAACUCUUGUGGAGAUCGACGUGACGGUGGACGACGACGAAGGCUUGUUCCAAGUGCGAGGAGUGGUUCAGUACACGCUCCCGUUGCCUCUCGACGCUGCAUCCAACCUCUACUGGAUUGCCGAGAACACAUUUUCUCAGUACCGCCGCGCCACUCCGCCGAUUUCAAUCAUGCAGAACGAACAGCUUCAACAUGACUGGCUUCGGUACAACCGCCAAGUUGUGUCGUCUCCGUUGGCCCGCCAGAGGAUCCACAACUAUUCCCUGCACGGUCAAUUUCGGACACCCGAUAGAACGACGGUAGUAUGGCGAACCAUUAUUCGCGAUGAAGCAUUCCCGGAGGAAGAUGGUCGAGUGUGGACGCUCGACUCGCAUCUUUGGUACGUUCGUCUUGUCGAAUUUCCUGUCACUAUACCCAUGGGAGUAGGACUGUCGCGGAGCCUUGUGGGCCCCAUGCCACGCGGUUUCGGACGGUUUACACCAUUGGGCACCCUCAAACUGUCGGAGGUCGAAUGGUGACAGCUGAGGAGAUGGCGACUGAGUUUCAACUCGUGCAGGGGCCUACAGAUGUGCGAAGGCAGGUGCGGGAAUUCCUCACCAGCGCCCACAUUCGUCAACGACAGCUCUUCUUCGACUACCUGACCUGCCUCAUGCGCCUUUCAGAUGUACCACCAAACUACUCGAACGAAUGAAGGAUGCGAAUAGAUGUCUGAUUUGUUGCACAACGGGGGUACCUACCACUACAGCCACAAACAUCGAGUGGAUCCGGUGAUGUUGGCAUGCCAUGGCCUUGUCCCCAACGCGACGUUUCCCACACUGCGCCAAACGACCUCAAUCGUUCAUUCAAG